AAAUAUAAUUUCACUUCUAAAAAGAUUACAUUAUAAAACUAUUUUUAUCAAGUUUCCUUGAAAGCCCUUCAUCGGUCGGCGCCGGUUCCCUGAUUCACGGUUACGAACGCCCGUCGGCCACUGAGGUUGAGGAAAACGAAUAAUCAUUCACUAAAAGGAUUGGAAGGUUUGAUUCCUUUUCAAUGGCUUCUGAGUUGGUUGUACAUCAUGGUGGAUGUCACUGCAAGAAAGUAAGAUGGCGAGUUGAAGCACCUGCCAGUGUUGUUGCUUGGGAUUGCAACUGUUCCAACUGCUUCAUGAGGGCCAAUACACAUUUUAUUGUACCUUUGGAACGGUUCAAGCUUUUAGGAGAUUCUAGCAACUUUGUUUCUACCUACACAUUUGGUUCUCACACUGCAAAACAUACCUUCUGCAAAAACUGCGGCAUUACCUCAUUUUACCAUCCACGCUCAAAUCCAGAUGGAGUUGCUAUUACUUUCAAAUGUGUUGAUCCUGGAACUUUGACCCAUAUUGAGGUUAGGCAGUUUGAUGGGAGCAACUGGGAGGCCUCUUGUGAUCAAACAGGCAUUGCUUCAUUGUCAAAGUUGAACAUAAGUUUGUUGCUCGGACAACCCCUUCACGUGCAAACUUCCCCUUGCCGCUCGCUCUUUCCAUUGUCGAUCAGGAUUUCCCAUUACUGAUAAAAAUAGGUGCUACGUCUGGUCGGUAGUGUUUGGGUCGAGCAAGAUCGCACAACGGGCGCACGUGCAGAGACAUUUGAUGUAGAACAUCCUCUUUUCUUGAUGUUUCUUUAAGUUCUUUAGUAUUUCUUGAGCUAAUUCUUGAGUAUCUUGAAUUGUCAUUCUUGUAUUUUAGGAUUAGUCAUCUUUAGUUAAGGCUUGUGUAUCUUGAGUUAGUUAUAAAUAAACUAACUCAACUCCAAGUUAGUUAAGUUCUAAAAUAACUAACUUCUAACAACUCUUGUAAACUUCCCGCCUAUAAAAAGGCUUUUCCUCUCAUUAAUAAAUCAAUCAUCUGAAGUAUAUGGAAACAACUUACUUGAACAUUAAUAGACGAUUCUGAUUCUUCUGA